CUAAAAGGAAAAAGACAACAACUCUGGUUCUUUGUACCUCUGUCUCAGCGAUCUCAAAAUCUCAACUAAUACAAUAAACAAACAUAUAGCCGUUGGCUUUCAAUCAAGUCAACUUUGGCUAGACCAGAAAGAUCGGGGUCUUGAGGAUGGAGAAAAAUGAAUUUGAUGAUGAUCGAACGGCUCUGGUCUUUCUCGGAACAGGUUGCUCCGGCGCAGUUCCCGAUUUCAGAUGCUUACUUCAGCCGUCGGAUCCUCCUUGCCAUGUCUGCUCUCAGUCACUCUCUUUACUACCUCACCUUAACCCUAAUUACAGAUGCAAUACAUCGCUCUUGAUCGAUUAUUGCUGCGAGAAAGAAGAUAAUAAACAUUAUUACAUACUCAUUGAUGUUGGGAAGAGUUUCAGAGAGCAAGUCCUUCGCUGGUUUACCUGCUACAAGAUUCCCCGAAUCGAUUCUAUCAUUCUAACUCAUGAGCACGCGGACGCUAUUCACGGCCUAGAUGAUAUACGGUCUAUUCAACCGCGUGGUUCAGCCAUUGACACCAAUCCAGUUCCUGUCUUUCUAUCUCAAUUUACAAUGGAAAGUAUUUCUACGAGGUUUCCUUAUUUGGUUGAAAAGAAGGUUAAAGAAGUACCAAGGCGGGUUUCGCAGCUUGACUGGAGAGUCAUCGAAGAGGAUUGUGACAAACCAUUCAUUGCCUCAGGCUUAUCUUUCACGCCUCUUCCUGUGAUGCAUGGAGAGGAUUACAUUGCUUUAGGUUUCCUCUUCGGUGAUAAAAGUAAAGUGGCUUAUAUAUCAGAUGUAUCACGCAUCCCACCUAGUACCGAGUUUGCUAUUUCCAAAGCCGGGGCUGGACAGUUAGAUCUUCUUAUCCUGGAUACAAAUAUACCGAGGAAGAGAGGGCCAAAUCCUACACACAUCUGUUUUCCUGAGGCUCUUGAGAUCAUAAAGAGGCUCUGUCCAAAGAGAGCGCUUCUAACGGGUAUGACACAUGAGUUUGAUCACCAUGAAUACAAUGAGAUACUUGCAGAAUGGUCUCUAAGGGAAGGAAUCAAUGUGCAGCUUUCACAUGACGGAUUAAGACUUCCAAUAAACCUAUGAGCAAAUUGCUAAAUCCAAAGUUACAAAAAAGGAAAGACUAUAGUGUCAAAAUUUGUGUUACCAAUUCUACUGAAAAUUUUCAAAAGUUGUAUGAUUGGUAAUCUGAUGAAUAUUGUUGCAAAAAAAUGAGAUCUCUGUUUCUUUACUUUUUCUGGGAAUGGUUCGAUAUCUUUAAGUUAAACCCUUGAAACAACUUCUCUAAAUCUGAGAUCUCAUCCUGAAGAUUCAUUUCAUCUUCUCUCGUGAUCUUCUCACGCAACUCGGUUAGUCUCUGAGUACCAGCGUUCACUUCUUCUGCAGAGUCUCUAAGCGUUCGUCUUAUCGAUCCAUUUUCCUCUUGAACAUCUUUGUAUCUCCUUUUCAGAGAACGGUAUCCGUCAAUGGAUUUGAGAAGCUGUUCAGACAACUCUUUGUUUCUUCCCUGAAGAGACGCGUCUUUGUGAUCUCCUUGACCAUCACCAUCUCCUUUCUUCUCCUUAUUGUGCUCCACAGCGCAAUUCUGAACUUUCUUGAGUAGUUUCUCAUUUUGAGCCCUGAGAUCACUUAUAAGCUCCUCCAUUCCGCUCAAUUCGUGAGCUUUCCUCGAAAGCUCUACAGCCAUUAUCUCUUUCUCUUUCCCUAAACUUGAACACAUCAUUUGAAGACUCUUUCUUGCAGCUAUGCUUGCGCUUAGCUCUCUUCUCAGCUUCUGAACAUCAUCCGGAUCGUUCUGUGGCGGCUUCAUAGGAUUCUUGUUCAGAUCAUGACGAGGUUUCAGCUCUGUGUUGCAUCGUCUAAGCUCUUUUUUCCCUGACGAUGAUUGUUGUUGAGCUUUCUGUAUUCUAGCCUUCAAAUCGUCGAGAAUCGUCAUCAUCGUGUUGACUCUCUGCGCCUUCCAAUCAUCGCGUUGCUUCGAGGUUGCUUCGUUGUGAUCUUGAACGAGCUUCAAAAGUAGCUUCACGUUCGUAGAGAUUCCUUCAGAACCAGAGUCUUCAUGAGGUUGAUGCUCGGUGGUUCUUGUUGGUGAUGUAAUAGAACCAGAAUCAGACGGAACUAAAUCCGGCAAAGAAAAUGCUCGGAGCCGGCUCAUAUUUUGUCUGGAGAGAAUCAAUCAGACAAAAAAAAAAUUGAUGAACAAGGAAGAUGUUGGAAGUUUUGGACAAUACGAAAA